AUGAAGCAUGCCUUACGUGAACUAGCCAUAAAACGCUGUAUUGAGGCCGUAUACACAGGGGGUGUUGUCGAAUGGAGUGCAGAUGGCAACACAUUGUACUCCACAUGCUCGAAUGUUGUCAAAGUGAUCAAUCUAGACAAAGAUCUUUCAAGCUACACUAUUGGCGAUCCUGACGAAAGUCUUCGCAUAACUUGCAUAUGUCUAGAUAAAAGUCGCUCCAGGCUUAUCGUUGCGUAUAAUAAUCAAGUCAUCCGAGAGUUCACGGUCUCUGAUGAAACACCUGCACUUGCUCGUACUUGGAAGACUAUGCACACUGCUCCUAUUCUGUGUAUGAAACAUGACACGCUAUCGUUUAUUCACAGCAGCCGUUUAUUGGUUGGAUAUCUAGAGGGACAAGUGUGCAUGUUUGAUCUAAUCAAGGGAGCCACUCAGAAGUUAUUGCGAGAGUGGAGGACUCACAGCAGCCGCAUAACUGGAUUUCUGGAGUUGCCAGGGUCACGCCGUGUUGUUGUUGUAUCAAGAGAUCAAACAGCUUCGAUUUUGGAAUCGGAAACAAGAGAAGUGUUGAAGGUGUUCCCUUUAUUUGAAGCAAUCGAGUCUGCUGUAUUAGUACGUGGUCACAUGGUUACUGUUGGUGAAGAGGGAACAUUGAAGGAGUGGUCGAUCGAAUCUGCUAAACUUCUUCGAUCGAAAAAAAUUUCAGGAGCGAGGCUUGAAUCAGUGGUAUACAAUCCGGUUAAAGAUCAGCUCCUAACAACAUCUGCGGAGGAGAACAUUUUUCUGGUCUCGUUUGUCAAAUUAUCACUAGAGCGGCAGAUUGUUGGAUUCCACGAUGAAGUGUAUUCGUGUUCUUUUGUUGGAAAAGAAGAGUCUCAUCUUGCUGUUGCCUCGAAUACGAAAGAAAUACGGCUGUACAACACUUCCACGUGGGACUGUCAGUUAGUUGAAGGUGAGCAAUGCACUUAA